UAUCUGCAAGUUAUAAUACAAUGCGUUUUACGUUUGUUUUGAUCGCCGUUGCUUGUUUUGCAUUUUGCGGUGCAAGACAUGUAAGUGAAGGUGAACUUGAACACGUCCUUCGAAAUGCUGGUGCCGAUAUGAGUCGUAUCAAUACAUGGAAGUGUAUUGUAUACGAAGAGUCGAAAUAUGAAACUUCUGCGCACAAUACUCAAUCGGGCGAUCAUGGAAUUUUCCAAAUCAGCCAAUUGUAUUGGUGUUCCCUUUCAAAUCAACCUGGUGGUGGAUGUGGAAUGACUUGUGCUUCAUUAAGAGACGACGAUAUAACAAAUGACGCCCGAUGUGCAGUUCACAUUUAUAAUGAAGCUAGAUCACGUGGUCAAGAUGGUUUCCAACCUUGGACAACUUACUCUCGUUGCCAUUAUAUACGACUCAAAACAACAAUGAAAUCUACAUUGAAAGUCAUUCUCGCCGUAGCUUGCUUUGCUCUGUGCACUGCAAGACGCGUAUCUCAGGGCGAACUUGACCAGGUCCUCCGCAAUGCAGGCGCUACCCGCUUGAAAACGUGGCAAUGCAUUGUACACGAAGAAUCCAGAUACGAAACUAGUGCACACAACAAAGUCACGGGAGAUCAUGGUAUUUUUCAAAUCAGCGAAUUAUAUUGGUGCUCCAAAACCAGUCGUCCAGGAGGAGGAUGUGGAAUGACAUGUGCUUCAUUAAGAGACGACGAUAUUACCAAUGACGCGCAAUGUGCAGUUCUCAUCUACAAUGAUGCUAGAAGUCGUGGUAAUGAUGGCUUCCAACCAUGGACAACUUAUUCUCGUUGCAGAGGAUUGUAAACACAUAUCAAUGAUUGAUUUUUCUUUUGCCUCAAUAUAUUAAUAUAUCUUUUUGUGAAUUCUUGUUGCUUUGUCUAUUAUUCACUCUUCUAAUGUGUUCAUAUUAAAGUUCCGCCUUGGCUUAAUUGAAA